AAGAGGUAUCAUAAGAGAGUGAGUGCGGGACUACUUAGUGCGUCGGCGGGGAGGGCGGGCGGUCGCGCGGCCGCAUGUUUAUUCCCCGAGAGCAAAAUGAAGAAGCAACAGCAGAGCCAACUCUGAGCCCACGAUGGAUCUUAUUUCUCCGAGCGACCCUGACUUCUCUACACUCGUUGACUCCAGGAUGUCCUGUGGUGCAAGUGCAUGCGAUUGCAGUGACUCUAUGGACAAUAUCAGUGUUUUGCCAAAUAUUUACAAGGAACUUAACGCAGCAGCCUGUGUCUCCGUCGAGAGCCUGCCUUUGAAGUGUCGUUCGCACUCUCUUUGUGGUGAUACUUUUCGUCAGCACUCAUUUUGGAGAGCUAAGUGGACGGAGAGAUAAGGGAGCCCCAUGCCACGAAACUCCAAAUACAGACUAAGUAAAAUGGAAGUGUGGAUGUCCUCUUUACCUGGCAGGAGGCCAGGAAGUAACUGGUUUCAACAGAACAGAAAGGCUCCUACCAUGAACCCUCAGGUCACUCUGCAUAUGGAUAUGCACCCUCCAGUGCUUGACACCUCAAGGCCAAAACCACCACUGCCCAACAAGGAUAUGGCCCAGGGUGCAAGCAUGAGAAAGCCAAACCAGUGGUGGAAUUCCUUACGCAAUAUGUAUCAAUCCUUUUGUGCUGGGUCAACUCCUGUAACCUGGGUUAACCCAGACAUGAUGAAUGAGCUUCCAUCAGUAACCUACAGUCAGCCUUACAUCCCGGAGAGCCAGUUUCUAACUAUGGAGCCAGAUGGAAAUGGAAAUACUGGUGGGUGCCUUUGGUAUGCUGCUGCUCCUGAAGGAUCACAGCUGCAGUUCAUGGACCCCUUGCAUGUCUGGCAACAGAAAUUUGUCUUCCCAGUAGCUCACCCACAGCCUUGUUUCCCAAAUUUCCCUAAUAAGAAAAGCAAACCAAGCCAGCCUCUGAAUCCAGAAGCAAAGGAGUGGAUUCCCAAAGAAAUGCGAGGGAAAAAUGAAUUAAGCCCUUCCUCUCAGGGCUGUUUCUCAUCUGCUGAAGAUUCUUGUGGCAGAUCGCCUUCAAUUAAAACCUCUCUUGAUUCUACCGUUUGUCAAGAUUUUUGUGAAAUAACGGAAAAUGAAAUUGCUGCUAUUCGUAACAAUGAUGGAAGUGUUAAGGCUUGUUCAGUUUCUUCAGCAUUCCCAAAACAGCAGGAUGACCAAAUAAAUUUUACAGAAAAGUCUCGUUGUGAUAAGCCUGUGAUAAAAACAGAUGAAAGUAACACCACCAAGUCUUCAUCAGUAGAAAAUAAGAAUACAGGAAAUACUCCAGUUAGUUAUGCUGUUGUUGCCAAGAAGGUUUUAAGCUCACCAGAACCACCAAGAGCAAAAUCUCCAAAUGAAAAGACAAAAUCAGCAGGAGUUGAUCAGCCCCUUCCCAAAAUUUUCCUAAAAGAUAAGAAGUACCCAAAAGAAAAAGCAGCUCCAUUAAUGGAAAAAAGCGUACACACACUUCCAUUUAAAACUGCUAACAAAGUACAGAAGAAAAAUAGCAGGAAAUUCUUAAAUGAGUUAAAAGCAUUGGCUCAUGCUGAAAGUAGUGAUUGCGGUUCUUUAGCCAGUGAAAGUAGUUUUGGUUCUCCAUGCAGUGAUGGUUUUCCUCAAAGAAUAUGCCAUGGAAACAUUUUGGCUCCUUGUGGUUCACAGUCUUGGGAAAAGUUAAAGGAUAUAUGUGCUCCAGAAUCAAGGAGCCCCAGGACACAGCGCAGCAACAGUGAGUGUAGUUCCAGUAAUAGCCGUAUACGCAGUACUAGUGAGUCUAGUGUGGCAAGUGUAGAUAGUAUCAACAUUGAGUUUGAAGAUGAAGUUGACAAAAAUAAUUCAUUGAAUAAUGUUUGUAUUAUUAGUGAAAAUUGCCAACCAAAGUGCAUUGACAAUACAAAGUUGUCAAAUAGUGUUCUUGCCCAUAUUUUAGGUCUUAACGACUGUAAAAGUGAAGAAUCUGAUGAAGAAUGGGAUGACUCAGAUAGUGACUGGGAUGAAGUACAAAAUGAUAGUACUGGCCUAGAUGAUAGUUGGGAAACAUUUGGCCUUGGUCUUACUAUUCCAGUAGCCUCUUUUAGCCUUAACAGUGAAAAAAAGGAUACUGACCAAGGAUCAAGCUUGAAUGCAGAGAAAAACUGUGAUAUUUUGGAUGAAGAGGAGGAUGCAUUUACCUGCAAUUUAGCUGAUGUGAAUAGGCGUUGGAAUGAAGAAAUUGAGAAAGACAUUUCCACAAAGACUGAAAAACGUGUUAAUUUUGGAGCAGUGAAAGUGCACCCUAUGGUCACUUGGGCACAUGCCUAUCAGCAGGCAAGAAGAGGACCGUGGGAACAGUAUGCACGAGAUGCAGCACGUUUCAGUCGUCACAUAGCGGAUUUAGAGCCUGUUAUUUCACAUGUGUUACAAGAAGGACACAGACAGGAAGUCUAUCGAAAGCUUUAUGGGGAUUCCUCUAGCUAACAGUACCUUUUAUCUAGUCCAACAUUAUUUAAUAGAGGCUCAGCAAAAGGAUGAAGUUAUUUGUUGGGAGAUAAAUUUUGUAAUUUACUUUUGUUUCAAAAUUUGCAUUGUAUAAAAUUAGACAGAUUUUGUAUUAUUUUUUCCAUAUUUUAUAUAUUAAAUAGCAGGUGCUUCUAAAGAUGGCUUCAUAAUUUAGAGAUAUGUUUGUUAAGUAGUCCAGUCAUAGGGCUUUUUCAUGCAUAGUAAACUGGGUUUACUUCUAAAGGACUUUCUUGAUUGGUAUCUUUGAGAAGCUUGAUCAGAAUUUUUAAAUGGUAAGUGAUUUCAUCAUUGAAAGUUAUGCAUAUGUGAAUAUUAACUGAUGUGCACAUGCACGGAAGUAUUUCUUUGUUUAAUGUAUUCUCUUGCAUUCACUUUAGUUUUUCAAUAAGAUAUAUAGAUUUUGAAGGACUAAUUUUUAUUACCUGUAAUUUUUUUGGUUUGUAGUAAAUGACAAGUUAUGUUAAAGUUGACCAGAAACUUUAGCAUACAUUGUUAAAGUAUACAAAUCAGAUAUGGAUGGUGCUGAUGUUGAUACAUUUCAUUUGAAACUUUUCCCACUUUUUUUUUUCCAUGUAAACUGGAAAGGAUACAUUUUCAUUAUAUAUAAACUGUUAGGAAUUCUAACAACGUUGGAUCACUGUAGGACAGCAAUUUAAAUACUUGGAUUUUCUGUGUAUGAUCAUGACCCAUUGUACUAUUUGAUAUUUAGAAAUGCACUAACUCCAGACAAAGCAUUCUUCAUCCUCUUUGCUUGGCUGAUAUAUUCAUCUUGUUAUUAUAAUUAUGCUCUCAGGAAGGAUUCAAUAACUGUGUAUGAGAGUAGUACAUUUUUAUAUUCUUCAAAAUACUUUAUAAAUCAUGUUAAAUAUAUAUAUAUAUCUGUU